UUAAAUCCAGAAUGCACAUACUGUAGUAAGUAGUUACACAGUACUCGCAGGUCAGUGUGUUGUAGUUUCGGAAUGGAUAUAUCAUAUAUCAUUGCGAUAUGGUUUCUCCUGUUGCAGUGCAGGCUAAGCCUCGGUGAGUGCCACUGCCGUGUAAAAAGCCAGUGCGACCUUUACCAAACAACAUGUGAGUCGGGAUGUGAGGCUGGAUUCACGGGAAGUCGAUGCCAGUAUGAAAACAUACUUAGGGGGCACACCCUAGAUCCAUAUAACCGAAAACUUGUGGAUGGCAAUAUAACGACUUGUUCCUCCUACCACAGAAAGAUAUAUGCAAGAGACAUCAAAUCUGCAGACAGAGUGAACACAUUGAGGAUUCGAUAUGAAGCAGGUACUUUGUGCGGGUGUAAAGAAUGGAAGCUGUGCAAGACUCAAUGUCCAGAUGGUUGUCGCAGGGGCUAUAUGGGUCCACUAUGCAAAUACAAACACCCGCUAUUUGCUAAAGUACAGUUAAAGAAAGGGAACAAACAACUAACCGCAACUGAGGACAAGAGUGAACCUGGCCUACUGCUGUUCACUUUUGAACCAAACAACGUCACUGAUAUUACACUGCCCCUAUAUGGAAAAGUGUGUGAAGUAGAGCUAUCAUAUGAAUGCAGUGUCGGCUAUUACGAAGAUGGACAAGACUGUACACAGUGUGGAGCUGGAUGUAAUGGAGGGUGUGAUGGCCCGAACGGUCACUGCACAUGUAAAACUGGCUGGACGGGAACUCGAUGCAAAAGAUGCAGUGUCGGGUAUUACGAAGACGGACAAGACUGUACACAGUGUGGAGCUGGAUGUAAUGGAGGGUGUGAUGGCACGAACGGUCACUGCACAUGUAAAACUGGCUGGACGGGAACUCGAUGCAACAACUGCGAGGGCGGCUAUUACAAGGAUAGAGGUGGCUAUUACAUGGAUAGAGCUGACUGUGUAGAGUGUGGUGCUGGAUGUGAUUGGGGGACUUGUAACGCUAAUACCGGGACCUGUAUUUGUAGACCUGGGUGGAGAGUACCGGGAUGUGCAAUACCCUGCCCGCCUGGUACAUAUGGGGAAGACUGUCUGCUGAACUGCUCUGUUGGGUGUGUCAACCAGACAUGUGACCGAGUUGAUGGCACCUGUGACGUGUGUCUGCCAGGAUGGAACAUGGCCAAAUGCGACAACAAUGCUGUCUACAAGCUGCACGUCGGGCCCGGAUGUUGUGUUCACCCAACCGUUUGCGUCCAGGAACCCAUUUAUUGUUGUAGCUGUUAAUGUGUCAGUUUGGUAAUAAUUCCGUAGAUGCACCAACCGAAUAUGGUUGUCUUGUUGACGUGACGUCACACAUGGACGACCGUAACCGUUAUUUACGGUUAUACAAAAAUGUUUGUAUUAAUUGAAGGUAAACAAUCAGCGUGUGCUGUUCACGUUUAAAAAUCACUGUAUGAGUGUCAUGUUCCCGACAAGAAGACAAACAUCCAGGUUUUGCGCCGUGCAAGUUUUAAGCACGUGCAUUCUGUGAAUCACGACUUUAAAGUCGAGGAGAUGUCUUCCUGAGCAUGUAAAGAUGGAUUGUUUAAUUUCAGAAUAAAUAUAUUUUAUAUGAACUUAAUAUGAAGCACAGUUAAUUUUUUCCGUUAGUUCUGAAAAUAAUUUUUAAAGGUUAAAAUAGAGAAUUUAGAGGAUUAUCUUAUGAGAUUAUAAAGUAUUCAUAUUUUAAUGUUAUGGUCAAUUUUGUAGCGCAGGUAUGUCAAAAUUGUGAAAUAUUAUUGUCUUAUAAGGUGGAAAUACAAGAUAAUACAAAGCUGUGGUAUUUGCACAUAUGCAUUACAAGAUUCAAUUUGUUUCACUGCAGUGUAAGGCUUUAAAAUCCAAUACUUACUAGAACAUACAUCCACAUUAUGUAUGCAUGUUUCUAAUUAAUAAUUUAAUAACGUGAUUAAAUGAUA